AUGCGGCUCGCGUACGCCUUUCUGUUUGUGGCUACUUGGCGGUACUGCGAUGCGUACGACUACUCGUCGGCCUGCGCGCGGCCGUACAGGGCUGACCGCGCGCGCCCCCUGCCCGCCGCCCCCUGCGACCUCUCCAAGCAGAGCUACUGCACCACGCCGGGCAGCGGGUACCCCUGGCACGCUAUUCGGCGGUUUGUGCGAGAGAACCAGGGCUUAAUGAGGAGGAUGUAUGGCGAGGAACGUCAUAUAUCAGUGUUGAAGGCUGAACUAGAAAAUUUCAUAGAGGUCGACGAUGAGGAGACCAAUAAAAAAUCACCGGACUUCGCAGAGGAUGUAAUCAAAGCGAAAUUGAUGUACACAAAGAACAGCCACGGUCGUGCAUUGAGGGACAAGCCUCAUUUCAGACCGAUACAGUCCGCUGAAAAACAUAGGAAAAGUGAUAACGACACCUUGAGAGUGAAGCCAUUGGAGAACUACACAAACAACUCCAAUAUUAAUAACACGGACAGCAGCAACGGAACUGAGAUAACAAGUAACGAAACCAUGGUAGACGAUAAGGAAGUAUCAUACAAAACUAAACUGGAGAGCAUAGCUAAUAUAGAGAUUAAUAAUCUGGAUCCUGACGUAAUAACACUGGAGGCGGUUAUAAAACAGACUAUCGAAACCAACAGUAUAUACCCGACGUUUGCGGGGAGUUCGAAGAGCGAGCCUCUUAGAGACGAACCCGAUUUUAAAAACGGGACUGAUAAAAAUAUAACAACCACAACAGAAUACAUAACUAAUGCAACGGAAACAACCUACAUGUACGACGAUACGACGACAGAGCCAAUCAAAGAAGGAUGGAAGCCAAUGACCCCUGAUACAUCAACGCUGCCGUCCACCUUACUGUUCUCUGAGCACGAUAAAAUAAAGAACGACAAGAACACUGAAGAGAACAAGAAUGAUAAGAAAGAAGAGUUUCAUCCGAAACCAACUCAGCAGGAGUCCAUGAGGCCGUCAGUCAUUAAGCUACGGGGAGCCAACGCUUGUGAAUCAAAAGAGGAGAUGGCAGCACCCUUCUGGGCUAACAGCACUCGCGGCGAGGUGCUGGCCCUACUCAACAUGUACCCGUUCGAGCAGUACAUACACCUGGAGACCUGCGUGCACGAAAGAAAGCAGAUGUACUGUAGGGAGGGCUGCAGGUGCGAGCAGCAGUACCGCCUCCACCGCCUCCUCGCCUACGACCCGCGGAACGAGUGUCGCGGCAUCUUCGCCGACUGGUUCAAGUUCCCCGCCUGCUGCGUGUGCCGCUGCUAUGACGUGCCGCUGGAGUUCCGCGCCAGGUCCCCUCGGAUCCUGCACCCGCAGUACGGCGAGGACCUCAAGAGGGCUAUCUACGAGGACCUCGCCCGCGACUGGUACUCGACGUCCGUCUUCGGCGAUGACGACGACCUUUAC